GGCCAGACCGGGCGAGGAUGGCACUGCGGAGCCAGCUACCCGCGGCGAGCGGCGGCGCUUGAAGGACUUUACAGAGCCGAGCCGGGCCGGGCCGGGCCGAGCCGAGCCGGGCCGCGCUCCCUGCGGCCGGGGGUGUGCGCGGCCAGCGGCGCUGCGGCCGGGGCGGCACCAGCCGGUCGGGGCUGAUGCUUAUCGGCACUCUCAUCUCCUGGGCGGUGAAUUGCCGUGCCGUGCCAGUCCUGCGCUGCAGCCCGCCCCGCUCCGCGCCCGGCCCGGCUCCGCUCUGCCCGGCCAGCCGCACCGGGGCUCGCAGCUCGGCCCGGAGCCGUCCCCUCGCUCCAGCUGAGUCAGGAGUGACUCAUUGCGAGCCGGCUGCAAUUGGGCGCAGCGGGUGCAGUCGGCUGCGAGCGCGGCUCGGGAUGUAGGUGGCUGCGCUGCGCGCUCCAGAGCGCAGCUCUGCUCCCUGCUCCCUCCUCCUCGCCCUCCGUGAGGAUUGCUGCUCUGCCAGGCUCUGCUUCUCGCAGGAGGGCAUCUGGGGCGGCUCCGGUGGAUGUGGGGUGUGGAUGGCCCCGGGCCCGCUCCUGAAGGGGCUCUGCACUGAAGAUGGAUGACUUGGCUCUCCUUGACCUGUUGGAGUGUCCCGUGUGCUUCGAAAAGCUCGACGCCACAGCAAAGGUGCUGCCGUGCCAGCACACGUUCUGCAAGCCCUGCCUGCAGAGGAUCCUGAAAUCGCAGAAGGAGCUGCGGUGCCCCGAGUGCAGGACCCUCGUCCUGGGCAGCAUCGAGCAGCUGCCCUCCAACCUGCUCCUCAUUCGCCUCCUGGAUGGAGUCAGGUGUGGACAGAACGUCACCAGGUUCGGCUCGGUGCAGAGGUCGGGGGUCCUGUCCUCCCCCGCCUCCAUCAGGAGGGUCCCCAGGGGGCUGCAGCUGCAGCAGCACCGGCUGGCAACCAAUCCCCGGAUCCACACGGAGGGGGUGCCGCGAGCCAGGGCGCUGUACACGCACCGCGGGCACAACCCCGGGGAGCUGCGCUUCAACAAGGGCGACACCAUCGUGCUGCUGCGGCAGCUGGACGACGACUGGUACCUGGGCGAGCUGAACGGCAGCAGCGGCGUGCUCCCGGCCAGCUCGGUGCAGGUCCUCCCGCAGCUGCCCCUGCCGCGCCCCCUCCACAGCCUGGAGCUGCGGGGCCGCGACAAGGCGGGGAGCAGGGACACGCCGACCUUCCCCAAGGCGAGCCCCCAGCAGCUGCUGCAGGCCAAGGGCCGCUGGUCGCCGCCGCCCAAGGGCGCGUCCCUGCGCGCCAAGGCCAAGGCGGCGGAGCCGGCGGCGUUCCCCAAGGCGCCCGAGGCCCGGCGCAAGAGCCUGCGGCAGUUCUCCAUCACCACGGCCCUCAACACCCUGAACCGCAUGGUGCACGCGCCCGCCGAGCGCCCCGCGCUGCACAUCAGCUCCCCCGUGCUCAUCAGCUCCAGCAACCCCAGCGUGCCCACCCAGAGCAGCGACAAAGCCGAGCUGCCCUGCGGCCCCCCGCUCCAGGUCAGCACCUCUUACUACCCCACAGCAGCACCCCUGGGGCCCCCGGCAGCCAUCGUGACCCUUCCCCACCUGCAGCACCACGGGCCAGCUUACCUGUGCGUGGCUCUCCACUCCUACGCGGCGCACGGCCCGGACGAGCUGGAGCUGCAGAGGGGAGAAGGGGUCCGUGUCUUCGGCAAGGAGCAGGACGGGUGGCUGCGGGGCAUGUCCCUCGUCACCGGCAGGGUCGGCCUCUUCCCCAGCAACUACGUCGCUCCCCUCUUCAGGAAAUCCAGCCUGUCCGACUCGAAGAUGCCUGCCCUGUACACCUCGUGGACGCUGUCGACCUCCUCGCUGUCCUCGCAGGGGAGCGCGGCCGAGGGCGGCCCGCGGCAGAGCCGGGCGCUGCGGCCGCUGCUGCUGCCCGUGCCCGUGCCCGUGCCCGUGCCCUCCCCGCGCCUGGCACCGGCCCCGCUGCGCCGCGGCCGCGGCAGCGCCAGGAGGAACGGAUCCCUGCAGAGGCCAGGGCAGGCAGGCACCCCCGUGCAGAUCACCGGCUCCCUCAGGCGUCCCACGGCUGCGGGCCGAGCUCAGCACUUCCAGCUCUACCCGCACAGCAUCCCCAGCGCGGACGAGACGACGAGGCCCAGCCCCUCCUAUGAGGCUGCACCGGCGCUGCUGGUCAGGGCAGGGGAGAGCCGGAGCCCCUCCGUGUGCAGCUCGGUGAUCCUGGACGCCAAAGAGCCCUCGGUGAAGAGCGAGGCAGCCCCGAAGCCGCCGGCGUCAGCCCCGCCGUCCAUCCUGGUGAAACCAGAAUCCUCCCGCAACAGCGCCGAAAAGCAAGUGAAGACGGUGAGGUUCCAGAACCACAGCCCGCCGCCGCCCAAGCGGCACAGCCUGCAGCCCUCGCCGCGCCUGCCCCGCAGCAGGACCGAGCCCGGCCCCGAGGGGCUCCUGCCCGAGCCCCGCCUGGGCCCCGAGCUGCUGCUGCUGUGCUCGCCGCGCCUGGGCUCCAGCCCGCUGCACCCGCGCCGGGCGCUGCACCCCAAGGCGCUCUCGCUGGACCUCUCGGGGCAGCUGACCUUCCCCAUCAAGAAGAGCUACAGCAGCAUCUCAGCGAACUGAGCGGCCCGCCCGCGCCUGCCCUCCUCCCGCUCCAGCCCCGCAUCCUCCCCCGCGCCCCCCGGGCAGGGGCCGCUCCCCCGCGCCCCCGCACUCGGCAGCUGCGAGCUGGGGCUUGCGAGAGCUGCGGGCCCCUCUGCGGGACCCCGCCGAGCCCCGGGCUGCCCGGCGGGGAGAUGUGCGGGACCCCGCAGAACCCACCUCCCCCGGGGCGCUGCCGCGCUGCAGGCAGGGGAGGAAAGCGCGCAGGAAUCGGAGGGAGUGACACUUGCUUUGAUCUCCUCAGGGCUGCAGGAAGGCCCACAGAGAUCAAACACCGGCUCAUUACCUGCCGGCCUCAGGAUAAAGAAACCAUAAAUCAGAAUCAGUCAGCUCCUGGCUGAUGGUUCAUGCUGCCUUUGAGGGGAGGGGGUCACUCAGAUUUUUUGUUAGGCUGGUUGCUUGCUUGCUUUUCUCAUUGGUUUUAGCCCAGGAAUUUUAACACAGAAGCCUAAAAGGUGAUUUGGAAGGCAAAGAGCCAAUGGAAGGGGCUUUGCCAUCACUGCAGUCACGCAGGCUCUGCAGUGAGGGCACUGAAUCUCCCUUCUCCUCACUGCUUGCUUUCCUCUGGUCACCUGUCAGCUACCUCCUGCCCAUGAGCUCCUUCCAGCCCCCUCCCACCGCCCGCCCACUCAGACGUGGCUGCUGUAAAUAUCUUAGUGGGAUUCAUGGGUUUCAGAAGCAUGAAACACUGUCUGUGAGAGAGAGAGCAGAGUUCACCGUGCCCAGACCCCGCUGUGCCCCAGCAGCCCCAGCUCUGGCUCCCAGCUCCCGAUCCAAGCGUUCUCCUGUGAAUCCCAGGGAAGCCAGCACAGCUCUGCUGGCUCACAGCUGUGCCUGCUCUCUGCCAAACCUCUGCGCAGCAGAUUUUGGUUUUCAUGCUCAGUUUCCCUCGCUGGUUUAUCCCUCGCAGCUCCCAGCCCAGCUGCAGGCACGGCCGCCCUCUCCUGACAGGAGCUGUGCUCCCUCCGAAACUGCCCUGAAAUCCCAUCCUCGGCUCCCUGCCUACAGACCCGGGGAAGGAACUCCACUGUCAAUGGAGGCUCCUCAGAGGGGGACAUCUUCUCCUAAAACUACACAGAGGGAGUGGAUAAAACAAUUCACUACACCACAGCCCCUGGAGCUUCCCUCUUCCAGACUUCUGUUUGUGGAGCAGGAAAGCUGGGUCUGCCUGUGGGGAUUUUCUGUGGCACAGCAACCUCCAAGGCACAGAUCUGUGCUCACUCUGUGCCCUGUCAGUACCCCAGCUCCUGCAGGAACACCCCGGCAUGCUGAAGGCAUGCGCUGUGCCCAGGUGUAGAAGGUGGCAGCAGCUGCAAAAUGAGGGUGAGUCCAACUCAGCGAUGCCACCUCAGGGACAGCUGAAUGCCACGGGGCAGACAGUGCUGGCUCUGUGCUGACCCUGUCAUCCUUUUGAUGAACCAGAAGGCAGCUGGCUCUGUGGCUGGGACACAGCCACACAUCCCAGCACACCCAGAAAUGAGCAGAAUUGCACCCAGCCCACCAGCCCCUCUCUCCCUCUGAGAACUAAGAAUGCAAACACUGGCUCUGAAAGGUUUUAGCUGGAAGCACCAGAGCAGCCUGGGACUGUGUAAAAUCACACAUUUAUCAUUCUUAGGAGGUUUAUUCACUGCCCAACAGUCACUGCAGUUAGUUUGUGAAGCAGCAUGUUUGAAGUGUAAUCACAGCUCAAGGCAUUUCAGGUUUUUUGUAUAAACUUCAGUACCUGUGCCAUUUGAAAAGUAACACUUCCAAAUAUCCAUGAAAUCAGUUUAGAACCCCAGACUGCCCAUGAAGCCCGUGGGAGCUGCCCUGGCUGCUCCCUUUGCUCCCAACGGGAUCCAUCAGAGCCGAGACUGCCUGGGGAACAGCACACAGGGACCCGUGGCAGGCUGGGGAGGGAGCUGAGGGGGGAAAGAUCUAUCCACACCAAAGUCACAGCCAAAAUAGAUCCUACAGGCAGAAGGGCCAACAAAAGUUCCCUAAUCCUUUACACAACCAAACAGGGAGUUCCAUUGUCUGCUUUCUGCAUCCAGCCCAGGGAAUGCUCCAGUGAAAUGUUACAGCCAGGUCACCAUCAGUGAGAAAUCAUAAAUUACUAUUUUUACAUAUAUAUAUAUAUAUAUAUCUUAGAAACAGUAGGAUGCAUAAUAUUUGCUUAGUUGGUGAUGGGUAGGAGGACUAAAUAAAAUAUAUUUAGUUUAUUGUUCAGAGACACUUGUACAAAUCCAGGGAUGCUGAGUAUUUUUUCCAUGAAGUUAAUUUUUUAAAAAGGCUUUUUCAAUUUAAGGUACUAUUUGGGAGAAAAGUCAAUAAACAAGAAGAUAUUAGUUUACUGUUUUGUAUUAAUCCUCAAGCUAUUUAUUUUGUAUUUCUGUAAAAAAAAAAAAAAGCAAUAGUUUAAAGACAUUUUAAGUUUUCAGAAGUUUAUUCAUCUAAGUUUAUAGCACUAUGCUUAGCUCUGUAGCCUGUAGAUAAUUAAAUUAAUUGGGGUCAAAUGGAUUACAGCCCCUUAUGCACUGCAAGCACUGGGGGGUGCACUGGGGAAAAUGGGGCUCAGGAAAGCUUUGGCACCCACCGUGUGAGACACCAGCCUCUGGGAGCUGCUGUGGCACCAUUAAAACCUUUUGCAUGAAA